AUGAUGAAGAAGAGGGAACAGGGUGACAGCUGGCAAGUGUCACGAAAGCAUGUUGGGUAUGUUCGAGGGUCCGCUGCUUUGUUUGAUGGAAUUUGCAUAAACAAGGUGAAUCGUAGCGACAGACGAGCUAAGCAAUUGUUGCUGCACAAAAGACAUCUUCCCUUGGUAAAACCGUAUUUUACCCGUAAAUUGUCGUUGGUUAUUGCUGGCUGUUGCUGUGCUGCUGCAAUCCUAGGCAUUCCUUGUGGUGCACGCUGGCAUGCACCAUCCGUGCACGACAAUCUUCCCGGGGUUGUCUUUUCUUGGCGUAUCGUUACCCUAUUUUGCUGA